AUGACAUGUCAGGAAGUAGAAUCACUAACUGUCACUAAUCAAAAUGGUCCAUUAAACAUCUCGGAAUCUGAAAAUUCAAGUCAUCAAGAAAAAUACGAUGCCAGAAUGAAACCUACAUCCAUUUCAUCCUUCGAUGAAUCACUACAAUUGGAAGAAGAAGGACAAGCUUUUUCUUCACAAUCAUUCAUGAAAAUUCGAAAUAAUUAUUCAUUGCUGGCAACUCAUGAGAAUCAAUUGCAAUCAAAAAUUUCAGCCAAAAUCAUUGAUGAAUUUCACGAAUCGUCUCUCGAACAUGAUCAUUCAAUUUCAUUCACGAAAGAAUUAUUUGGAAAUUAUUUUUUGAAAUUUGAAACUCUAAUUACUAAUUUAGGAAUUUUAGGUGGAAUUUUACUUGUCGUGUAUUUGGGUCACACCAAAAAUUCAUUGCUAUUUGAAACGACCGAAAGAGUGUAUUCGAGAGAUUUAUUCAUUUCCAUUUGUUUCAUUUCUUUAAUUUGUGGCUUUUUCACACUUCGACGAGUUGAAAAAAAUUCAGAAAUUGUUCUUUCGAGAGAACAAACCGAAGAAUGGAAAGGUUGGAUGCAAUUGGCUUUUCUAUUGUAUCACUAUUACAACGCUCAAGAAUUGUAUGCUCCGAUUCGAGUUUUUGUGAGCAGUUACGUUUGGAUGUCAGGUUUUGGAAACUUUUCGUAUUUUUAUAAUAAGGGUGACCUGUCGUUUGGAAGAUUUUUACAAAUGUUGUGGAGAUUGAAUUUUUCUGCCGUUGCAUUUUGUCUAGUCACAGGAAACAGCUAUUUUCUCUAUUAUAUUGUUCCUCUCCAUACCAUGUACUUUGUCAUGGUCUUCUUUGUGAUGAAAAUUGGAAACCCGUUUUGGAAUCAAAACAAUCUCAGAAUUCGAAUCAAAUUAAUUGUGAAUUUAUUUUUAAUUUAUGCCAUUUGGGAAUCACCAUCCUUGUAUCAUUUUGUUUUUGCUGGACCCUUUGGUUGGUGGAAACGAUAUUUAUGGUCCUCCAAUUUGGCUUAUCAUGAUUUCUAUUUUAGGACUUAUUUGGACCAUUAUUCUGCCUUCUUUGGAAUGCUUUUUGCUUUAAAUUACAAUUCUUUGAAGGAUUUAUUGAAUACCAUUCAGAAGAGAGAAUGUCGACAAGUGGUGAGUGUGGCCCUAAUUGUGAUGUGUACAAGUAUGAUUAUCUUGUGGGGCUACAUUUAUUUUCCAACUUCAAAAUUCACUUACAAUUCCUUCCAUCCAUAUUUUAGUGUGGUGCCUAUUGUGUGUUUUGUGUAUUUGAGAAAUGCAACUCCGCUGCUAAGAAGUUACUACAUGAAAAGUUUUCAAACGAUUGGAAUGGUGACCUUGGAGACUUAUUUAUUGCAACAUCACGUCUUGAUGACUGAUAAUGCGAAAAGUGUGCUUGUGAUUCGAGGAUUGAGCGAAUUUCCUCUCAUGAAUACCAUUCUUGUGUCCAUCUUGUUUAUGGUGUUAUCGUAUCAACUCUAUGAUGUGACAAUGAAUUUGAGAGAUUUUUUAUUCGAAAGAGUGAUGGAUUGGAAGAGUUUUGGAGUACUCUUUGGAUGGUGUGGAAUAUUAUAUUUCCUUAUUGAUACCUUACAAGAUUCCUUAUUAAGGCAAGAAAAUUUAUUCUUGAUUGUGAGUUUUGUGGCGUUUCUUGCGUUUCUUCAAUGGGCUGGAAUUGCAGCUUUCAAGUAUUUAUCGACUCAAUUCACACAAGAACGACUUUCUCUCGUUUUGGGUGCUUGUGGAUUCUUUGCAUUUUUCACCAUUCAUGUCACACGCUUUAUUCAACAUCUCAAUUCCUCUUCCAUCAUUCAAAAAGAAGUGAACGGUUUUAUCGGACACAGCUAUUAUCAAGGAUUUUUGGUCAUUUUUAGCGCCUUGAGCAUUCUACUAAGUGGAGAUUCACUUUUUGGAGUGUUUCAUGUCUUGUAUCGAGUCUUGACUUGGAAUUUUUCACAAUCACUCAUUCCCGAGAAGCAGUCUGUGCAGGAACAACUACUGCUUUCUCAUGAACAAUCUGGAACUGCUAAGAAAGCGGAAUGUCAACCUGAAAUGAAAGAGAUCCCCACGAAAAUACUGAACGACCACCCAUCCAAAUAG